AUGCCGGAUGAGCGUAUUCUUCUAAUCACGGGAAUCCCCUCGAAGCUGUGCCGCGGCGAGGAGCUCUACAAAGUCUUUGGGAGCUACGGCGCCAUCCAGCAGCUGCGCCUGGGCGAUGACGCCUCCACGAAAGGGUGCGCCAUUGUGGUCUACGAGCUCUGCGAGGCGGCGGCGGCCGCCCUUGAGGCGCUGAACGACUUCAAGGUGGACAAGGACAGGUACCUGCGGGUCUCCGUGUAUGACGAGGUGCGGGACCGCAAGGCGCUGGAGCGACGAAAACGGCGACGCGAGAUGAAGGCAGAGUACAAGCGCAAUAUCGCGGGUGAAUUCGGUGAGGCGGAGGAGGCUACGUAA